AUGGCUGAAGAAAAUGCAAUCGUAGUAUUUUCUCCCCUACAGAGAGAAAAACAAACAAUCUCAAUCCCCUUUCUCUGGGAAGAGAAACCGGGGACACCAAAGAAAGAGUGGAUACUAACAAAGCCAACGCAGUGGAUCAUACCACCUCCAUCACCAACAAAGCUCAUCGUCUCAGUUCCUUUUCUGUGGGAAGAAAAACCGGGAAAACCACUUCCGCAACUUUCAAAUCCUUCAAGUUCUUUCCUACAUGAAAUCGAGUACCAACAGUCUGAUGAAAGCUUGAGCGAUGUAUGUUCAAGUUACUUUGAGGAUUGGCACUCGCUUUCAGAAACCGAUGGCCGUGGAAGUUCAAGUGGCUCGGUGACAAGAAAUGCGAGCAUUGAUGCUUUGGCUAUGGAGCGCCUUUACCCUUUGCCAUUGCCGCCGGCUGAUGCAGGUUUAGGCUCUCUUUUUCCUUUGUCUCCUCCUAGUGCAGGUUUUCUCGAUAAGGUUUGUGGGCGAAUAUAUGUUGGAGAGAAGACUGUGGCAUCAUGGCGAAAAGGACGCUGA